CCUUCGACUCCGUCCAGCUAUAUAUAACUAACUACACUCCUUCCUCCUACGCUCCUUCCUUCUAGAAAAAAGCCGCCAUCACCACAAAGAAUGGCACUAGUGAGACAACGGCGCAACCUCAAUCUCCGCCUCCCCUUGCCGGACUCUGCCGACUGCCGCCCUCGCUUCCCCCUCCCACUCCCCCCAACUUCGCACUCCUCCGCAACCACCACUGGUGGCGGUGCCGCCCCCUCCACCACCACCACCAACUCCCAAGAAGUCGACCGCCUCUCUGACCUCGAGAAACUCAAAGUCCUCGGCCACGGCAACGGAGGCACAGUCUACCAAGUCCGCUACAAGCGCUCCUCCGUCAUCUACGCCCUCAAAGUCGUCCAUGGAGACUGCGACACCACCAUCCGCCGUCAGAUCUUCCGCGAGAUGGAGAUCCUCCGACGUACGGACUCUCCGUACAUCAUCCGAUGCCACGGGAUUUUCGAGAAACCCACCGGCGACAUCUCGAUCCUGAUGGAGUACAUGGACGGCGGCACACUCGAUUCUCUCCUCAAAUCCCAUGGAACCCUCUCAGAGCAGUCACUCUCCACCGUAGCUCGCCAAGUCCUCAACGGUCUUCACUACCUUCACUCCCAGAAAAUCGUCCACAGAGACAUCAAGCCUGCAAAUCUGCUAGUAAAUCAGAAGAUGGAAGUCAAGAUUGCAGACUUCGGGGUCAGCAAGAUUAUGUGUCGUAUGCUCGAACCUUGCGAUUCUUAUGUGGGUACCUGUGCAUACAUGAGCCCUGAAAGAUUCGAUCCAGACACCUACGGUUCCAACUACAACGGAUACGCUGCGGAUAUCUGGAGCUUAGGGCUUACACUAUUGGAGCUCUAUAUGGGUCACUUCCCCUUGCUAACUCCUGAACAGAGACCCGAUUGGGCCACGCUAAUGUGUGCGAUCUGUUUCGGAGAACCACCGAGCCUUCCUAACAGUGCUUCCGAGGAGUUUCAGAGCUUCAUCAAUUGUUGUUUGCAGAAGGAUUCCAGGAAGAGAUGGACAGUUUCACAGCUCUUGUCACACCCUUUUAUCGGCAAGGAUCGGGAGGAUCUGAAAAUUGAUCCAAAAUCCUCAUGAGCGUCACCGGUUUUUGGAAUCUCCAGUGCCGGAAUUUGUACAUAUUGCGGGGAUCUUUUUCCUAAUAAUGAUUUUCCUCUGUAUAUUUUCUUAUCCUUUUCACAGUAAAACUGCAAUGAAAAGAGAUAUUGGGGGAAAAUUAAUGAAUUCCAACUUAUCCUCUUAA